AUGACAUUUGAAGAGCAGAGCAGCACAAUGGUUGUUAGCAAGCCAGCUCUUCUGUCGGAUGUUCGGGACCAGAUCUCUGGUGAUAUGGGUGAGAGUAAUGGGAGUAGUAAUACGAGUGUUGCAGUGGGAUCUAGUGGAGGCACCGAGAAGGCGGAGCUGUACCCUGUGAUAUCGAACGAUUCGAGUGCUGGUUCGAGUAGGAAGAGCGGUGGAUCUGGGAGUGGGAACAUCGAUGAUUCGGGGAAAGACAUCAAGCCAAACAACCCAGCUAGCAACCCAGUUUGUAAGAAUUGUUACACGUCUACGACGCCUCUAUGGCGGCGGGAUGAGCAUGGUUCUGUUUUGUGUAACGCUUGCGGGUUGUUUCUCAAAUUGCAUGGCAGACCUAGGCCUAUCAGCUUGAAGACGGAUGUUAUCAAGUCAAGAAAUCGGAAAUCUACACACCACGAUAGUCCAAACGAUAAGAAGAAGAAAGACAGGGAGCCAGGAUCUGCAGCGGUAAAUCCUGCUGCUAAGAAAAGAAAAACCAAUGAUUCUCCGCAGUACGAACAGAUACAACAGUUGGCUGGUCAGUUGGCGAAAACAGUUACUUCGCCAACACCUAAUGGUAACUGGCAGUCGCAGCAACCGCAGCAAGCUCAGCAAGUGCAGCAGAAUAGCCAGUCUGCGGAAUCUGUAGAUGAUAUCAAGUAUCAAAAAAUACUACCCAAAAAUAACCAGGGAAAAGGCAAUCCAUUGCCACACCUGUCAAAUAUUCUGUCCACCCCAAGCGCAGAUUAUUCGACUCCAAAUUCCCCAAGGCUAUCCAGUAUACAACGACAAGCACCUCCUUUGGCUACAAUAAAUGAGAUACUCACCAAUUCUCGCAACCAGCAAGGCGGCAACUCAACACAACUGGCUAGCAUUAACAGCAUUAGCAGUAAUAGUAAUAACUGUAACAACAAUGUAGGCCAUACUGAAGUUAACCAGAAAUCACUUGGACAGCUGUCCAGUAUAAUGAACAACCAAUCUCUCGGUAACCCAAGCAAUGGUGGUAGAAAUAACGGAAAUACAUCUACGCUUUCCCCAUCGCUACUCAAUCAACAACUCUCACAGCCAAAUCAGCCGUCACAACAACAACAACAACAACAACAGCAGCAGCAGGCCUUGUUGCAAGAUAAAAAGCCACUGCACUUCUCAGCUUCCCCUCCAUCGCUGGAGCCUCAACAGACGGCAGCUCAUAGCACAACCUCUUCAUCGAAUAGCGUACCUUUCCAUCAUCAGCAGCAGCAACUGAAACAGGAACAGCAGAUGAAUAUGGUAUCAGAUCUUACACACUCUGUCAACAACAUUUCUGCUAACGGAAUAACAACGUCAAGCCUUCAUUUUCCGGGUUCUCCAGUAAUAAAAGAGGAAGAAAAGCCAUCUUUGUCACUAAUUCUUCAAUCGCAAGAGGAAGUUAUAAAGCUUAAGACUAGAAUCAGUGAACUGGAACUUGUUACGGACCUAUAUAAGAGGCAUGUUUUUGAGCUCGAUUCCAGAUGUAAAGCUCUAGAGAACGAACUCUUGGCCGUCCAACGGCAAAACCAAAAUAAAUGA